GUGAAAACGCGCUAUUUUGAAGUUUUCUCCGACAAAGUAACGCAAUAAUUACUUCAUUUAUAUUCAUGGACGACUCAUUCUGUUAUUAAUGCAAUUAUUAUUUUUUUUACGGUGAAGUAAUUUGCUGAUGAUCGCUUUCGUUGAAAUUGCGCCAGCACGGACGGUAAGAGUGCCAUUUAAAAGACCAUCCCAAGUUUAUUCGUGGGAGAACACCCACUCAUGUUUAUUUCCUUGAAUAAAUAAAUGUCACGCCGCGCGGAGAAGGUUCCACGUUCGACACCUUCACCCUCUCCUCCAUCUUCGCGCCUCCUCCUCCUCCUCCUCCUCUCCCCUCUGCCUCCCCCCCUUUCAUAAACCCGUCGGCGGCGGUCUUGCCUCAACUAUUCCGCGCUGUGCCGGGUCUCAGUGCAGCUGCAUCGGGCUGGCCAAGUUGGUGCACGGCGGAACCGAGUCCCGUCUCUCUUCUACCCCCGAACCGUGGAAUUAUGACCAGAGCGGAGGCUGCCUCCAUCGCCCUGUCCUGAGCACGCUUCUUUUCCCGCACACACCGUGAGACAUUUCCACCGAAGACGAUGGAGACCAGAGUCCGCAUUUUCUUGCUUUUCCUCAUCCAGCAGACCGCCGAUGUAGGUUGCCGACAGGAAGGACACCACGAGGGCUGUGUGCCCGGCUUCCAGGUCAAACAAUACCAGGUGGCAUAUAGGAGAACUUUCCAGAAAGGCCUGCCACUCCUACAAGUUGAAUUUGACGACUGUGCGGGGAAUGAAGACGUGGCCUUCGAGGUGUCCGUUCCCGGCUUCCGGGUCGAUGAGGAUUUGAAUUUGGUUCCCUCGCAAGAUGUCACCUACAGCAGGCGUGUUAUGUUCAUCCACGGGCUGGGUGCACGUGCAGACGACAUGGCACAGGUGCACAUCACUGGACUACCGCUUGAGUCAGCGCAUGUUCUCAAGGAGAUUGUGGGUCUGCCACACAGAUUGAAGAGAUCCCUGCUGGUUCCUCCUAUGAUUGUCACAGAGAACCAGCGAGCUCCAUUCCCAAGGAUCAUUGGCAGGAUUAUUGUAAUUUCGACGGAGAAGUCUUGGGACCAUAUUUUCCGACUGACGGGCCAUGGAGCUGACCGGGAUCCUAAAGGUCUCUUUACCAUUGACAUCGACACAGGAGACGUGUCAGUCACCCGCUCACUGGACCGGGAGGUCAUCGAUUCCUACCAGCUGGAAGUGUCAACCACAGACUUGAAUGGACAUCUUGUGGAGGGACCAGUUAUACUGGUGAUCACGGUCAUCGACCAGAAUGACAACCGACCCAUUUUCAAAGAGACACGCUACACAGGAGAAGUGCUGGAGGGGUCCCCUUCAGGAACCACGGUGAUGACAAUGAUGGCGUUCGAUGCAGACGACCCCGCCACAGAUAACGCAGCUUUGCGUUACAACAUCCUCCGACAGUCGCCGGACAAACCCUCCCCGAACAUGUUCUACAUCGAUGCAGAGAGAGGCGACAUUGUUACUGUCAUCUCCCCUACUCUACUUGACAGAGAGACGCUGCCAACCACGACAUAUGAGCUAGAAAUUGUGGCCAAGGACAUGGCAGGAAGUGAAGUGGGCCUGACAGGAACAGCCACUGCAACCAUUACCAUCACAGACAAGAACGACCAUGCCCCUGAGUUCACACACCCGCUGUUUGAAGCCUACGUAUAUGAGGGCUCGACUGGUGUGGUGGUUAACCUGACAGUAGAUGACAGAGAUGACCCCGCGACGGGGGCAUGGCGAGCGGUCUACUCCAUAAUCAACGGAGAUCCCACACGCAGCUUUGAGAUCCAAACCAACCCAGACAAUAAUGAGGGAAUGCUGUCCGUUAUCAAGGGUCUGGACUAUGAAGGCACUGCAUUCCACAAGAUCUUCAUCAAAGUGGAAAAUGAGGACCCUCUGGUUCCCGAUGUUGGCUACGGCCCCAGCUCCACAGCAACCGUUCAAGUCAGAGUUUUGGAUAUUAAUGAAGGACCGGUCUUCUUCCCCGACCCGCUGUUUGUCACCAGGAUGGAAAACAUUCCAGUCGAAAGUUUUGUAGCCUCCCUCAAUGCCACAGACCCGGACACAUUACAGUUACAGAGCGUCAGGUACGCCAUCCUGAGAGAUCCAGCAGGCUGGCUGACUGUGAACCAACUGCGAGGAACUGUCAACACUUUGGCCGCUCUGGACCGUGAAUCUCCAUAUGUUCGUGACAAUAAAUACACAGCUCUGUUCAUUGCCAUCGACAACGGCAGUCCUCCAGCUACCGGCACUGGGACGUUGGUCAUGUACCUUGAAGAUUACAAUGAUAAUGCGCCCUACGUGGUACCAUCAGUAGCACAGGUGUGCGAAGAUGCGCAUGAUAUGAACGUGGCCAUUGUUGGUGGACGGGACAAGGAUCUACCUCCCAAUGGGGCGCCAUUCAACAUUGAACUGGGAAAACAACCCGGGCUGGAUAAAACAUGGAAGGUCACCAGAGUCAACUCAACACACUCUCAAAUAAUGCUGCUACAAAGUCUGAAGAAAGCCAACUAUCAGCUUCCGCUGAUCAUCACUGAUUCGGGGGUGCCUCCUUUGUCCAACAACACAGAGGUCAAAGUUCAGGUCUGCGUCUGCAAGAAGAACAAGAUGCUCUGCAGCUCUGCCCACUCACACCACGCCAGCCUUUUCAUCGUUCUAACAACACUCGUCCUUGCCCUACCCUGCCUGUAGCUUCUGCCAAACGGUCCCCGUUUGCAAGAUCGGAAAGCAACGACUUACUGCAUCUCCCCGCACACACACCGCUGGCUUAGCAGUGAGGAGGAAAGACGCUGGGAAAAAAAAGUCUUCACACCCUGACAAAUGGAACAUGACAAUACACACAAUCCCCAGCAGCUCAACUGUUGUGUAAAAAAAAUCACUUAUCUUCUUGCAACACUUGUCUCCACUCUCUGCAUCGCUCCUUUCCCACAUCAUCUUUAGCUUGUUGGACUCCCUAUGACACGCUCUGUCCGAUUGAUUAUUCAAACCCUUUUCUUUGUGUCAUGCUGGCGGCCUGAAAACAAACACACUUUUUCCACCCUUAAUUUGGGGGUUUUGUUGCCAUGUAAGUCACGUCCCAGUAUCAAGCGACCGGAUUGGAUUGUCAUGUGCAUGCAAUCUCAUCAAAUAUCAAUAUUUUAUUCGUCAAAUGUCUCAUAUUGUAAUGAUGAAAUGCUUUUGUUCCUUCCUAUUGUUUUAGUGCCCACGACUGGUUAGCAACGCCAUUUUUCAAACAUACAUGAACUACACCCGCGAAAGCUAACGAGAUGCUCACAAAAAAACUGGGUUACAAACCCCAUAUAAUUUGACGCUGAUAACGGUGUUCAAAUAUAUUCAUGCCUAAAUGUGUAGAACAUACUGGGAGAUAUACAUUUAUAUACUAUUUUGGUGAGCUUACUUAGCUACACGAGAGAAACAAUGAUGCUCGAAAUACCCCGUAGUCGUUCUUAUUCAUUCUUGAAGGCCUACUGAAAUGAAUUUUUUUUAUUCAAACGGGUAUAGCAGAUCCAUUCUAUGUGUCAUACUUGAUCGUUUUGCGAUAUUGCCAUAUUUUUGCUGAAAGGAUUUAGUAGAGAACAUCGACGAUAAAGUUCGCAACUUUUGGUCGCUGAUAAAAAAAAAGCCUUGCCUGUACCGGAAGUAGCGUGACGUCGCAGGUUGAAGGACUCCUCACAUUUCCCCAUUGUUUACACCAGCAGCGAGAGCGAUUCGGACCGAGAAAGCGACGAUUACCCAAUUAAUUUGAGCCAGGAUGAAAGAUUCGUGGAUGAGGAACGUGAGAGUGGAGGACUAGAGUGCAGUGCAGGACGUAUCUUUUUUCGCUCUGACCGUAACUUAGGUACAAUCUGGCUCAUUGGAUUCCACACGUUCUCCUUUUUCUAUUAUGGAUCACGGAUUUGUAUUUUAAACCACCUCGGAUACUAUAGAGUCGAGAAAGCGAAAUGGACGUUCACAGUGACUGUUAACUCCACGACAAUACAUCGGCGAAGCACUUUAGCUACGGAGCUAACGUGAUAGCAUCGGGCUUAACUGCAGAUAGAAACAAAAGAAAUAAACCCCUGACUGGAAGGAUAGACAGAAAAUCAACAAUACUAUUAAACCAUGGACCUGUAACUACACGGUUAAUGCUUUCCAGCCUGGCGAAGCUUAACAAUGCUGUUGCUAACAACGCCAUUGAAGCUAACUUAGCUACGGGACCUCACAGAGCUAUGCUAAAAACAUUAGCUAUCCACCUACGCCAGCCAGUCCUCAUCUGCUCAACAACACCCGUGCUCACCUGCGUUCCAGCGAUCGACGGAGCGACGAAGGACUUCACCCGAUCAUCGAUGCGGUCGGAGGCUAGCGUCGGAUAGCGCGUCUGCUAUCCAAGUCAAAGUCCUCCUGGUUGUGUUGCUGCAGCCAGCCGCUAAUACACCGAUCCAACCUACAGCUUUCUUCUUUGCAGUCUCCAUUGUUCAUUAAACAGAUUCACCAACACAGAUGUCCAGAAUACUGUGGAAUUUUGCGAUGAAAACAGAGCUUUUUGUAUUGUGAUACAAUGGUGUCCGAAUACUUCCGUUUCAACGAUUGACGUCACGCGCAAACAUCAUCAUACAUAGACGUUUUCAACCGGAAGUUUAGAAAUUUAGAAAUUUAAAAUUGCACUUUAUAAGUUAACCCGGCCGUAUUGGCAUGUGUUGCAAUGUUAAGAUUUCAUCAUUGAUAUAUAAACUAUCAGACUGCGUGGUCGGUAGUAGUGGCUUUCAGUAGGCCUUUAAAGAACAAAAAUAAUACAUAGCAAAAAAAUGGCAAUGAUAAUAUGUUGUUAUCUACUGUAAAUUAGAUUAAUUCAACUUUUAAAGUUGUUCUAAGUCGUGUCUUUAAAAAAAAAAGUGUAUAUUCUAACUAGAUCAGUCCAAUUGAAUGUAUUUACUCGUGCAAUUAAACACAAAAAAAAUUAUCCCAUUAAACAUGUACUUACGUAGAUUAAUCACACACUUUUUUUUUUUUUUUUUGGAGCGCACUUGCUCCUUUACCUGAACCUUGAAUGGUUGUUAUCCGGUCAAUGAUCAGGCCAGUGCAAAGAUGAAUGACACCGUAACAUUUUGUCCAAACGGGAUUUUAGAUACAACUGUUAGCACGUUUCAAACAAACAACUGUGGUGCAUUCAAGUGGCACACAUAAAACGUGCGUGUCAAUGAUACGUAUAAUGUAAAGUACUUGGGUAUCAUCCCAGGUUUAGUAAAGUGCUAUAUAAAUACAGACCAUUUACCUUUUGGCAGCUGCUACUGCCAUUUAAAUUAUGCGCACAAGUAUAUUGAAGCACGGUCAUCUUAAAUACUUGACGCUUUUCAAACCGUUUUCAAUCAAAUAUUGAAUUUGAAAGUACAUAUUUUAUCGUGGCGUCCAAUAAGCAACGAGAAUCGCGGAAAUUCGUAGGUAUCGACUACUGGAAUUCUGGUUGACAGUGAGAUUGCAUGUGUCAACAUUUUUUUAGGUUAAUUUAACUUAUGCGAGCGAAUAACAACCUGUGAUUAAUCGUGAUUAAUCCAAUUUCGAAAGUGUGAUUAAUCUGUAUAAAAAAAUGGUAUCGUUUGACUGCACUCGUUUUAACUGGUGGAUUCUCAUACAGUUCUGAAAACAUCUUGAUUUGUUUAAAUAGGUGUGAUUAUGGUGUAAAUGUAUCAACCCAGUGACUGACCGAUGACUGGUCCAGGGAUUAACUAUUAACAGAAUAUGCAUUGAUAGACAAUUGCUACACAUUCAUCAGUUCAUCAGCCAUCUCGAUUAGUUAUCCACGCCUUGUUUUUCAUCCUUCUAUCCCCGAAACCCUCCCCGACACAUCCCACCUCCCUUCCCUCGUGCCGACAGACGCGGCGAAAGGCCGAGAUGCCGUCCUGGAAGGUGUAGAGCGUUGGAUUUUUAUAUGUGUUCUUUUCUAUUCUCAGCGGGCUGUGUUUGAUCUAGUUUCCCUGUUUCAGAGGAGAGCUGGUGCCUGUUUUCUUCGUCUGCAGUGGUCGUGGUCUUUUAGGACAAGGUGGUAGCCAAUAAGCCUUUAAAGUCGGGAACUCUGGAGUUGUUUCUUCGAUUUACCUGUUUUUAUUGCAUUAGUUGUCAUGGAGUGGAAACAGUAUAUCUUUAUUGUAACGGUGUGAACCUUUUAAAAUAAAAUAAAAAGUACAAUUAUUAUGAAAUUAUUUUAUUUUUUAUCAUUGUAUAAAUAUACCGUAUUGAUUAACUUAUGUACUUUGCAAGUUUUUUUUGGGUUUUUUUUGGUUCCCCCACACAACGAGUGAAUAAAACGAGGAACAUUUUUGUUUUUCAGUGAACUUGUGUGUCAGUGUUGACUCUUCCAUUGUAACAUUCUUGCUUUUUAUUAUUGUGAUUAAUUGCAAGAUGGGAAAAUCUUGAGUUAAGGUUUGAAAUGCUCCCCUGGUCCUCCCCCCCAUCUCUUUUACAAGUCCAAGGAAAGAUAUUAAAGAGGAAAACAAAGGAUGUGUUCUCGGUGUGUAGUUGAUGUUAUGUCUCCUGCCAGCGCUCACGACAGGACUGAGUGAGGGCUUUAGUGGAAAUCAACCUCUAAGGAAAAGAAGACAUUCUGAAUGAGUUCUGUCUGUCUUUUGCACUAAAUUAAUAAACCCGUUACUGA